AUGCACCAGGCUGAGGCUUUCCUGGGCCGGGCUCUGCGGGAGGAGGCGCUGAGCGCGCGGGCGCGGGAGCAGCGCGACGCCGUCCUGGGCUCCUUCCAGCGCCUCCGAGCCAGGUACCACCUGGAAUUCCCAUCCCGAGGCAGGGACGAGCGCGACGGACGCGACGGCUCCGAGGAAAUUCCCGGCUGGAAUUUCGGCCCUUCCCGAAUUUCCCUGGCCCCGUUCCCGACAGAAUUCCGGGAUGAGGGCCUGGAGGAGAUCCCACGGCCCAUCCAGGAUCCCGGGAAUAUUUUGAAGCAAGGAUACCUGGAGAAGAGAUCCCGAGAGCCCAGCUUUUUCGGCUCCGAGUGGCACAAGCGCUGGUGCGUCCUCACCCAACGGAAUUUCCUCUACUACGCCAACGAGAAAAGCAAGCAGCCCAAAGGCUCCUUUCCCAUCGAGCGCUACCAGGCCCACCUGGAUUCCCAGCUCCGGAAAGAUUCCCGGAAAAAUUGCUGCUUCCAGCUGCUCUGUCCCGGAAAACGCUCCUACGAGUUCACAGCUCCGAGCCCGGCCGAGGCCCAGGAUUGGGUGGAGCAGAUCCAGUUCCUCCUCAAGGACCUGAGCUCCCUGACCAUUCCCUGCGAUGAGGAGGAGGAGGAGGAGGAGGAGGAGGAGGAAGAGCUCUCCAAGGACCAGGACAGCUCCGAUUCCAUGAACAAUUCCCAAAUUUCCACCCUGAAUCCGGAGGAUCCGGAGCUGGAAGGCGACGACAUCUACGAGGUGCUGCCAGAUGAGGAGCUGGAGCCGCCAUUCCCGGAGGAUGAGGAGGAUUUCGGGAGCGAGGCGGGUAAGAUCCCAAUCCAAAGGAUUCCCAGGAUACGGAUGGGGGAAUAUUUUGGGAUUUUGGCCACUUUGGAGCAGCCUGGGCUGUGGAAAAUGUGGAGAGAAUUCCUGGGAUUUGACUCUUCCCAGUGGUGGAAUUCCACUUGGGAAGACUCUUCCCAAUGGGAUAAGGAGACAUCUCCCAGAAUUCCUGGGAUAAAGGAGCUCCCAAAUCCCCGGGAAUUCCACCCAAAGCCGUCGCCGUGCCCUCGCGGUGCCCCCGUUCCGCCGUGCCCUCGCGGUGAACCGGCGCGGCGGCGGCGACGGCCCCUGAAGCGCCGGGCGGUGAUUGAGGAGAACGUCGGCGGCGAAGCGGAGCUGCGGCGGCGCCUCCCGGGGCGGCGGCGGCCGGCGCAGAUGAACGGGACCGGCGGGUGGAACGGGCCCGGCGGGUGGAACGGGCCCGGCGGGUGGAACGGGCCCGGCGGGUGGAACGGGCCCGGCGGGUGGAACGGGACCGGCGGGUGGAACGGGACCGGCGGGUGGAACGGGACCGGCGGGUGGAACGGGCCCGGCGGACGGAACGGGCCCGGCGGGUGGAACGGGACCGGCCGGUGGAACGGGACCGGCGGGUGGAACCGGCCCGGCGGGUGGAACGGGACCGGUGGGUGGAACGGGACCGGCGGGUGGAACGGGCCCGGUGGACGGAACGGGCCCGGCCGGUGGAACGGGACCGGCUUACCGGCCCCGCCGCGCCCGCCGGAGUACCCCGGGUACGGUUGGUGGGUCGGGGAGCUCGGCCGGGAAAUCGGGAUCGUCCCGAGGGAAUUCCUGGCGCCCGCCUUCGAGCUGGAGCCGUGA